AUGCCGUACAUCCUCACAUGGCAAUCCCUAGCCCAAGAUCCCCCGCCUUGGCUCCAGCCCUACACGGACCUGGUUCAGGCCUUGGCACUCACCCUAGACCAACGAGCCGCCGCCACCUCUGGAGGCAAACAGCCGGACCCCUCGGCACCCCCUGUCCUCCCAGCCCCUGAAGAACCUCUGUUGGAUCUUCCCCUACCACCUCCCUAUAAUCCACCGGCCCCCUUUUUACCCCAUCCCCCAGGGGAAGCCCAAGCACUACCCCUGGGACCAACCUCUCCUCCCCCAGCCCACCGGACAAGGGGGCGCACCCCCCCGCAGGAGGGAGCCGCCCAACCAUCCUCCACGGUGGCCCUCCCUGUCCGGGCGGUGGGGCCCAUGGUCCCGGGAGGACCAUUAAUGCACCAAUACUGGCCCUUCACCUCCUCUGACUUAUAUAAUUGGAAACAUCAGAACCCCCCUUUCUCGGAACACCCUCAGAAACUUAUAGACCUCUUGGAGUCUGUCUUCUUAACCCACAGCCCCACCUGGGAUGACUGUCAGCAGCUCCUUCGCACCCUUUUUACCGGCGAGGAGCGCGACAGAAUCCUAGUAGAGGGGCGUAAGCUGAUUUUGGGAGACGACGGCCGCCCCACCACUGACAACGCGCGGCUUGAGGCCGCCUUCCCCUCUAACCGGCCUGACUGGGACUUCUCCACGGAACAAGGUAGGGAGCGUCUUCAGUCCUAUCGCCAGAAUCUCCUAGCGGGCCUCCGUGCAGCAGCACGAAAGCCUACUAAUCUGACCAAAAUUGGGGCAGUUAGACAAGGGCCAGAGGAGACCCCGGCAGCCUUUCUAGAACGCUUGCAGAACGCCUUCCGGAUCUACUCCCCCAUGGAUCCCGCCGCCCCCAGCAAUCAAACCGCCAUUUUGCUAGCCUUCGUUAACCAGUCUGCUCCAGACAUCCGGAAAAAGCUGCAAAGGGUGGAUGCCUUCACAGCACAAUCCCUGGAGGAGCUCUUAAAGGUGGCAGAAAAGGUCUAUAACUCUAGGGAAUCCCCCGAAGAGAGGGCAGAACGGCUCAGGCAGGAAGAUUUACUUAGGCAAGACCAGAAACUCUCUGAGCAACGCUCCAGAGAAGACCGAGCACAUAGACAAAUGCUUAGGGCCCAACAAGAUGCCACCCGCAUAUUGGCAGCAGUCCUUCAGCCCCCACCAACCCGGGCAAACACCACCUCAGGGAAAUCUUGCUAUUUCUGUGGGAGGCCAGGUCACUGGCAACGUGAGUGCCCUCAGAAAGUCUCCGGCACCAGGGGACGGCAGAGAAGGCCCCCACCUACGAACAACCGAUCUGUAGACACGGGGGCAGAACACUCAGUUCUCAAACAGGCCUUUGGGGAUGUAACCUCCAAGUACUCCGUGGUUCAAGGGGUAGCCGGCUCUCGCCCCUACCCCUGGACCACGGAACGAACAGUGGACCUUGGUUCCCACACCGUCUCCCAUCCCUUUCUGGUCGUCCCUGAUAGCCCCGCACCCCUUCUAGGCCGGGACCUCCUACACAAACUCGGCGCCUGUAUACACUUCCACCAGGACUCAGUAUCAGUCACAGAUGCCGAAGGGACUCCCCUCACUAUCCUUACAAUGGCCCUCCAAGAUGAGCACCGCCUUUUCUCUGCCCCUACCUCGAAAGACAUUCCUCCACACAUCAGACCCUGGGUAGAGGCCUACCCAGGAGUGUGGGCAGAGGUUUCCGGUGUGGGGCUAGCAAUCCACCACGCCCCGGUAGUAAUCCCCUUGAAGGCCGGGUCUGCACCAGUACGGGUUAAGCAGUAUCCCAUGCCGCUAGCAGCACGACAGGGCAUCCAACCACAUAUUGAAAGACUUAUGAAAACCGGGAUACUUAUUCCCUGUAAGUCCCUAUGGAAUACCCCUCUCCUGCCAGUCAGGAAACCUGGAUCCGGGGACUAUCGCCCAGUCCAGGACCUUCGAGAGGUCAACAAACGAGUGGAAGACAUCCACCCGACUGUCCCCAACCCCUACACCCUACUCAGCAACCUACACCCCUCACUCGCCUGGUAUACCACUCUGGACUUGAAGGAUGCCUUUUUCACACUGCCCCUGGCCCCUGUAAGCCAACCCAUUUUUGCCUUUGAGUGGCGCUCGCCAACCUCCCAGGUCGUCUCACAGAUGACCUGGACCAGGCUCCCCCAGGGACUGAAACUCAGCCCAACACUCUUCAGCGACGCACUAGCGCGCGAUCUGGAAGAAUUCCGCUCCAGCCAUCCGGACGUGACCCUCCUGCAGUACGUGGAUGAUCUCCUCAUUGCAUCACCAUCCAAAGAGCAAUGUAAAGAAGCCACCCGUGCGCUCUUGCAGUGCCUCCAGGAUGCCGGAUACCGGGUCAGUGCCAAGAAAGCCCACAUAGCGCGGACUGAGGUAACGUUUCUGGGGUACCGCCUCAAGGGGGGCUUCCGGUGGCUCACACCAGCAAUGACCCAAUCUAUUCUGGCAAUCCCAACCCCCUCCUCUCCAAGGAAAUUCCGGGAAUUCCUCGGCACGGUAGGAUAUUGCCGCCUAUGGGUUCCCGACUUUGCCACCAUAGCGAACCCCCUCUACCAGGCUGCUAGGGAAUCCAGAGAAUGGACCUGGACACCAGAAAUGGACUCCGCCUUUCGGAAGCUCCGAACGGCCAUGCUGAAGGCACCAGCCUUAGCCUUACCCGACCCUGAGAAGCCCUUCCUCCUCUUUGUGGAUGAAAGGCAAGGGGUGGCCAAGGGAGUCCUCACCCAGAGGCUAGGACCAUGGGACAGGCCGGUCGCUUACUUGUCCAAAAAGAUGGACCCGGUUGCGUCAGGGUGGCCAGCGUGCCUCCGCAUAAUUGCGGCAGUUGCCUUACUGGUCAAAGACGCAGACAAGCUGACCCACGGCCAGGCACUGACGGUAGCCACGACCCACGCCAUAGAAACGGUCCUACGACAGCCUCCGGUCAGAUGGCCCUCCCAUUCCAGACUCACCCAUUACCAGUCCCUGCUUCUCAAUGAACCCCAAAUCACCUUCAAGGUUACAACAGCCUUAAACCCAGCCACCCUGCUACCCUCGGGGGAGCAACUAAGCCUCCACUCCUGUCAGGAGAUACUGGUGGAGGCAAUCUCGGCCAGGCCAGACCUCAAGGAUACACCAUUACCCAACCCAGAACUUGUUUAUUUUACUGAUGGGAGCAGCUUCAUCACUCCCUCCGGGGCCAGGGUAGCAGGGGCAGCAGUAGUCAAUGAUGAAGGAAUCGUUGUUUGGGCGGCCAAGCUCCCGGAAGGGACGUCAGCUCAGCGAGCCGAACUUCUCGCCUUAGAAGCAGCCCUACGAGCGGCAAGAGGGAAACGUGUAAACAUUUACACAGACAGCCGCUAUGCAUUUGCCACCUUGCACGUUCAUGCCCCCAUUUACCACGAGAGGGGAUACGUAACAUCCACCGGGAAACCGAUAGCACACCUACGUAACAUCCAGGAACUGUUAGGGGCUGUGUGGGAACCCCGCCAGGUCUCCGUUAUACACACACCAGGCCAUCAGAAGGGGGACUCCCACCCGGCGCUGGGAAAUAGAUGGGCGGAUGAAGCCGCCAGGAAGGCAGCAAUCCAAGCCCCAAUGCCCUCAGUCCUCACCCUAACCGCAUCCCUUGAUGACCUCCCGGUCCCGACCCCUCCCUCAGAACCGGCCCCGUACUCAGAGGAAGACCGGAUAUGGGUAGGGAAACAAGAGGGAGCAGCUCCAAGGGACCACGAGACAUACUCCCGAGACAGGGAGGGCAACCUCCUCCUGCCCCACUCGGCAGGCUGCCUGUUGGCUACCCACCUCCACUGCCUCACCCACUUAGGACACCGCAACCUCCGGGAGCUUCUGCGCAAGGGGCGGAUAAGGUUCCGCGGAAUGGACUCCUUCCUUGAGGAACUUGCCCGCAAUUGUACCACCUGCCAGCUUGUACAGCCUGGGAAACCGACCCCGGCCCCAGGAACCCGCCUGCGAGGAACGCGACCCUGCGAGCACUGGGAGCUCGACUUUACAGAGGUAAAACCAGGAAAAUUCGGGUACCGGUACCUCCUCGUCAUGAUCGACACCUUCACAGGGUGGCCGGAAGCCUUCCCUACAAAAACUGAAACCGCCCAGGUAGUGGCCAAACACUUCUUAGAAGACAUCAUCCCCAGGUAUGGGUUACCCGCUUCCCUAGGAUCGGACAACGGUCCGGCCUUUGUUAGCCGAACCAUUCAGCUUUUGGCGAAAGGCUUGGGGGUAAAUUGGAAAUUGCAUUGCGAGUAUAGACCCCAAAGUUCAGGGCAAGUGGAGAGAAUGAAUCGGACCCUAAAAGAGUUUCUUACUAAACUCACUUGGGAGACUGGCCGGGACUGGGUGACCCUCCUUCCCUUGGCCCUUUUUAAAACCUGUAAUACACCAGGCCCCCUAUCCCUCACCCCUUACGAAAUCCUUUAUGGCUCCCUACCCCCGAUACUCCCCUCCACACCGUCCCCGGAGAAGACACCUCCCCACCUUCGAGAUUUUAUUCUCUCCCUGUCUCAGAUACAUCAGGACCUGUGGCCACGUCUUCGCGCCAGGUUCCAGCCACCCCCUGCUGAGCCACACAACCUCCAGCCAGGCGACUGGGUGCUGGUCAAGAGACAUCGGAAGGAAACUCUCCAACCCAGGUGGAAAGGACCGUAUGUGAUCUUGCUGACUACCCCCUCAGCUAUCAAGGUGGACGGGAUAGGCCCCUGGAUCCACCACUCGCACGCUCGACCCACCGCAGCACCUAACCCGGAGUGGCAAGCCAAGAUCCACCCCCACAACCCUCUGAAGCUGACGCUUAGCCGAAUCUAAUGGCUGGGAGGCCCUACCUCCUCUCGUUAACCCUAGCUCUCCUCCUCCGUAACAUUGCAUUCACCUCCCCAUCUCUGAUGCAAUGCCCAGAGGGAUACACUUUCAUACGCAGUCGAGACCAAGGCUCCAGUUGCGUUUUGUGGUGCAGCAUCCGGAACUCC